CCCACGCCACCCCACCCAAACCCACUGGCUCCGCCGUCCACGAGCGCACCCAUGGCGACGCGACGCGCGCCUCCGCAGCUGAUCGACGACGUCACGGACGAGGUCCUCCUCCGCCUCCUGCCGGACGAGCCGGAGCACCUCUUCCGCGCGGCGCUCGUCUGCAAGCGGUGGCUCCGCAUCAUCUGCGACCCGGGCUUCCUCCGCCGCUACCGCGCCUCCCACGGCGCCCCUCCCCUCCUCGGCCUCCUCCACAGGCUCCAGGCGAUCGAAGGUCCCCCGCCCGCCCGCUUCGCCUCCACCACCUCCAUGCCGGACUUCCCCCACCCGGGCGGGCUCCGACGGGCCCUCGACUGCCGCCACGGCCGCGUCCUCGUCCACACGGCGGAGGACGACGGCGUCGACUUCCUCGUCUGGAUCCCCAUCACGGGCCACCGCCGCGCCGUGCACGGGCCGGACAUCGACUGGUUCUGCCUCAUCGAGUCCGCGGUGCUGCUCUGCGCCGCCCACGGCUGCGACCACCUCGACUGCCACGGCGGGGGCCCCUUCCGCGUCGUCUUCGCCGCCACCCCUGAGUGCAAGGACACCGUGUUCGCGAGCAUGUACUCGUCGGAGGCGGAUGAGUGGAGCGUGCCAGUAUGCCUCGACAGCGGCUGUGAAUCCUUUGUCCGGUACAUGGAGCGAGAGAGACUCGCAGACCACUACUACCACACACCCUAUCUCCAGCCUAGGCGAGGCGCCGUCGUCGGAGAUGGAGUCUACUUCACGCUUAGCCGGGGCAACGCCAUCGUCAAGUAUGAUCUGGGCAAGAAUCGCCUGUCCAUUGUCGACCCACCGUGCCGGGACGUGUACGAGGUUGCCCUCAUGGCCAUGGAGGACACUUCACUUGGCUUUGCCUGCCUCCAGGGCUCCAGCCUUUAUGUGUGGUCAAGGAAGGUGGAUGCUGAAGAACCUGCAGAGUGGGUACAGUGCAGGGUCAUCGAGCUAGAGAAAAUUAUACCUGUUGCCGAUCACGAGAAGGCGUCAAUUGUUGUUGGGUCUGCAGAGGGUGUGGGUGUCAUCUUCGUUAGCACGGAUUUUGGCUUGUUUAUGAUCAACCUCAAUUCCGGGCAGCCUAAGAAGGUUGACGAGCCUGGGGUCUACUUCAGCGUCCUACCCUACAUGAGCUUCUACACUCCAGAUCGUGGCAAAAUGUUGUCGCUGGCGAGGACUAACUGAUCUCCGAUGUGCCGCACAGCAGUGGUGCGUUGCAUAAUGGACAAACCCAUCAUUUGGAGUCUGCUGCUGUUGCCCUUUUUUUGGAGCUACAACUAUCAAGCUGGUCUGUUUUUGCUGAGCAGUUUAAGCAUGACGUUUGCAAGCCCAUUGUGGUUGUUCUUGUACAAGGGUCCAGAUUCUGAACUGCUGGUUUUCCGUUUUCUCUUUAAAAGAAGAGGCUGGGGAUUUAGAUGACGAGGUGAUCUCUGCUGUUUUAUCAGUGAGAUGACGAGGUGAUCUUUGCUUGCAGUAAAAUUCAUCCUGAGAUCGCAGAGUUUCGAAUAAUAUCUAAUCGGGCGCACAUUCUUCAGUUAUGAGCAAUUGUACAUAGCAGUCAGAUAAAUACUGUAUCUGCUAGUCCAUUUAUACUCUUUUCUUGGGCUGCAAGUCAGAUAAAUACUUUCUCAGUGUUUA